CACUAUACAUACAUCACUGAAAUAAUUAAGUAGUUGUUAUUAUUAUUGGUCAAAACAUGGAUUCAUUCUCUGUUGUGUUGUGUGUGUUAGGGUUAGUGAUUGUGGGUCAUGUGGCUUAUGCCCAAGACUCACAAGAUUACCUUGAUGCUCACAACGCAGCAAGAUCCGAGGUUGGUGUUCCAAAUUUGUCUUGGGAUGACAAAGUUGCAGCCUAUGCACAAAACUACGCCAAUCAGCGAAAAAGUGAUUGCCAAUUGGUCCAUUCCAAUGGCCAAUAUGGGGAGAACAUUGCAGUGGGCAGCGCUGACUUUUCCGGCACGGAUGCCGUGAAAUUGUGGGUGGACGAAAAGGAAUACUAUGACUAUGGUCCUAAUAGUUGUGUGAGUGCCCAAGUCUGUGUCCACUACAUACAAGUAAUUUGGCGUGACUCGGUAAGACUUGGGUGCGCCAAAGUAACUUGCGAUAAUAAUGCGGGCACUUUUGUUCUUUGCAGCUAUGAUCCAGGUGCUAAUAUCACCGAUCAAAAGCCUUACUAAUAUAAACGAUGUUGUUGUUAUGUUGUCUAUUUAAAUUUUUUAAUAUAAUACUGCUAAUCUGAAUUCUUAACUCUUUUUGAUUAAGGAUGCUGAUUUAGCAGUAAUAACAAGGCAAUAUAUAAUAAUAAAAUCAUGAGUUUAUGUGUCAAGGCUAGUUAUAUUAUCAUGUAGUUAUCUUUUUUCAUGUAAUAUGUUGGAUUAUUAGUCCAUAUCUCACGUAAUUUGUACCCAUGAAAAUUGUAUGUGGUGUGUGUGAUAUUAAUUACAAGUUAAAUAGUACAUAUAUAUAUUCCUUUA